AAGCUUGUCAGUUUAACCUAACCUUAACCGUAUUCAGCGACGGAGGGCCACCAAACUGACCGUCCCGCCGUCAUCAUUUGGCCCACAUGAAAAAAACCAAGGCAAAAAACAAGGAAAAGUAACGUCUGGCGAUUGGCAGCCGUCAUCCGCCUACUGAGCUGCUUCUGCAAGUUGUUUGCAAUGGCGAGAGAUCCUUCAUCAAGCAUUGAAAUUCGGGUUCUUUCAAAGCGGGGCAGUAAUGUGAUCCACCCGGUUGAAGUUGACACACCUCUGCCAUCUCCGAGUCCAGGGCCGGUGCCGGUGGUCUACAGAGAAAUCAAGCAUUUCAAGAAAUGGGUUCCAUGGUUGAUACCUUCAUUUGUUGUGGCCAAUAUUAUUAUGUUUGGAAUCACCAUGUACAUCAACAAUUGUCCCAAGAACUCCAUUUCCUGCAUUGCCGAUUUCUUGGGCAGGUUCUCCUUUCAACCGUUUAAGGAGAACCCUCUUCUUGGGCCUUCAUCAUCGGCGCUACAGAAGAUGGGCGCCCUAGACGUAAGUAGAGUGGUUGACAGACACCAGGGAUGGCGCCUUAUCACUUGCAUUUGGUUACAUGGUGGAGUUUUCCAUUUACUGGCCAAUAUGUUGAGUCUUUUGGUUAUUGGGAUUCGGCUUGAGCAAGAAUUUGGUUUUGUAAAGGUUGGAUUGCUCUAUGUCAUCUCUGGAUUUGGUGGUAGUUUGUUGUCAGGCCUUUUCAUCCAGGAGAACAUCUCUGUUGGUGCCUCCGGUGCACUCUUUGGAUUACUUGGAGGCAUGCUUUCUGAGCUCAUUACUAAUUGGUCAAUAUAUGCUAAUAAGCUGGCAGCAUUCUUGACCCUCGUGAUCAUCAUUGCAAUCAACUUAGCAGUGGGAAUCCUUCCACAUGUGGACAACUUUGCUCAUAUUGGAGGAUUUCUGUCAGGUUUUCUUCUUGGAUUUGUGUUUCUAAUCCGGCCCCAGUUUAGUUGGGUUAGCCAAAAAUAUGCUUCUCCUGAGCAUUCAACUUCACCCAAACCUAAAUUCAAGACAUAUCAAUGCAUACUAUGGGUGGCUUCUGUGAUCCUUCUAAUCAUUGGGCUUACCCUAGGUCUGGUUAUGCUCCUGCGAGGGGUUGAUGCAAAUGAUCGCUGUUCUUGGUGCCAUUAUUUGUCCUGCGUCCCUACUUCAAAAUGGAGCUGCAAGACAGAGCCUGCAUACUGUCUGUCCAACCAGAUAGGCAACCAACUCAACCUGACAUGCUCGAGCAAUGGUAAGUCCAGCAUAUAUCUAUUGGCAGAUCCAACCAGUUCCCAGGUCCAGGGGCUAUGUUCUCAGCUCUGUAAUUGAUUUGGACGAGAGACAGAUGGAAGAUGGUAUGGACUGCUAGGAUCAUACGGCUUCAUCAGUGUGGAACAUUUUACAAUGUUGUUAUAUCGUUGCCUUUCAAUCUACACGGUUUGUGAAAAAAUCUUCUGUAAAUUGACCAUGGAAACAAUAUUUAUUUGAUAUGCAUCUCCACUUUGGGAUCUACUUAAUGGACAUUUUUCUGGGUCUAUUUGGGAA